AAAAAAACAAGAAGAAGAAUAAGGGUGCUUGAAAAAGAAAAGUCUAUGGAUGGAUCCGGUAAAUUCUGCGUCUACCUUAUCUUUAAACCAUGGAUAAUGUAUUUCUUCAGGAGCGCCGCGCUGACUUUAUUGGUGGCUGCCUUCCUGAGCACCGAUGGAGAAGUUCCCCCGGGGAUUGGAAAAAACAUGACCCUGGUGCAAGGAGGGACGGCUGUCUUACCGUGCAAACUCAUUGACACUAAGGAGUACGUCAGCCAGAUAUCAUGGAGGAAGGAACCUCAGAGCGUAAAUUUUUUCACAAUCUUGGAGAAGACUGGACCAAAAUUCAUCAACGAACAAGAUAAACGAUUUAAAUUUGUUGGGAACUUUAGUGACAACAAUGGAUCUCUACAGUUAUCCAACAUCAUGUUGAAAGAUGAAGGCACCUACACGUGCAUCAUCACGUUGUUCCCCAGCGGAAAUCUCAAGAUGGCGACCCUUCUGAACGUGCUCGUGCCUCCGGUCACAAGCCUGAAAGAUGAUCGUCCCACUGUGGGCGAUGAAGUGGUUUCCCUCGUCACUUGCAUGGCUGCUGGUUCCAAGCCCCGCGCAAAGGUACAAUGGCUGACUGGCACUUUGGGAGAAACCGUGAGUCAAACAAUCAACGUCACCGAGCAUGCCGACGGUACGACGACCACAGUCAGCUCGCUGUUUGGAGUACCGACCAGAGAAAUCGACCGCCGCUUGGUCAAGUGUGUCGUCACCAACGCAGCCAUGUCGAAAGAAGAAAGCCUGCCCUUCACCAUACAGAUCUACUUCCCACCCGUUGAAGUGACCAUCAGCAAAGGUUCGGAGGGUUCAUUUGAAUGUGUGACUGAAGCCAACCCAAAUGCAAGCAUUACCUGGACCAGACUCAACCAGUCGAAGCCUCAGUCUGCUGUUAAAGUAGACGGUGCAACGCUACAGUUUCCGAGCAUGACCUCUGACCUGAAUGGCCUCUACCAGUGUGAAGCAUCUAACCUAUAUGGAAGAAAACACAACUACGUCUAUGUGCAUGUGACUGAAUGCUGCCAAACAUAUUGCAUCUUAUUUUGGCUUCUCCUUCUCACGGUUACCUUUGGAGUCGUUGCAUUGUUGUACUUGUAUAAAACCAAGAGAUGUCUAUGGACAGGAGAGGACCCACGUGGAGAGAGGUCGAUUGUCUCAACAACUUCCAGCAUGCCUGAACGUUGUCAAAGAGUAAAAGAAGCAAAGGAGCAACUUCAGGCUGAGGUACCUCUUUGAUAUGCGUGGAAGCAAAAAAACUCGAAGACGGUUUGCAGGGAGUGGCUUUAACUGUUUGUCGCUGCGUUGCCAUUAACUGGCACGGUUCAUGUUUUCCCACCAACAACAUUAAUUUAUGAUGAUAACAAGGGGACUACGAAGCAUGUUUUCAUGCACACAAGAAACUAGCUGACUGACCAAGAAAUGAUUCAUGAGAAAACCUGAGAGUAUUGGACAAAGAACAUGCGCAAAAUAGACAAAACACCGAUCAACUAAGCACUCUUUUUUUAUGAUUUAUUUAUAUUUAUUUUAUUUCGGUACUGAAGUGUUUUUUUUUUUUUUUUUUUUUUUUUUUUUUUAAAUGGCGAAGAUCUCUCUGCCACCAUAUAAUAUAGUAUAAAAUUGAAAGUACAGUUUGUAUAAUGAUGUUGUCUUUGAAUGUAAACGUCAUGAUGGGUCUGUAAGUUAUCUCGAAAUGGUGAGAAAUGACCCACCUUGUUAAACAAUUGGGAGAAAUAACCUUUUCGCUUAUAUUACUGUCUCCUGGAGGAGCCUGCUGCUUUUGGUUGUUUUAUUAGAUAUUGUUAGAGAUUUGUCUUUGACUCAUAUUCACGUGCAUCGUAGCCGUGUGUGAGGUGAGCUUACAUAUCUGAGACGAGCUAUGGUGUCGGUCUAAAUGUCGUGUUUCCACAUGAUACUUUAAGAUUUAAGUCCAUAAUCAUCAUUCAUCAAGUCAUUCCAUUAUCAGCUUCCCAUUACAUUUUCUCAUGAAUAAUUUCCUGAACCUCUUGCCAUUAUUGGCAGUAUGGGACAAGUGGAUGUAGUCACCCUGACAUCACCCAUUGGUUUGAGCGCUGCGGUUUUGAAACCUCUACUUCUGCAUUUUGUCUGUCGACAUCUUGUUUUGGUACAGUCCAUCAGUCCGUCACUGAGGAAGACUUUGUUAGGCAGCUAAAAUGUUACUGCUGGCAGAUAAAUCUUUCCUUGAAUCCUUUACGGAUAGUUACUACUCUGUUACUCUGUACUUAAUGCUAAUGAAAGUAUGCUAAUGCUACAUGUUACAAUGUUAAUAUGCUGCUGUUGUGGAACUUUACCCUAUUUAUUUUACUAGAAGAAAUAUUAGGGGGGAUUAUUUUGUUGUGUGUGUGUGUGUGUGCGUAGUAGUAGCUUUUGGGCAACAUGUUGCCAUUUUCGUUAGUUUAUGGCGAACAUUUCUUUCUUUAAAGGGAAAAUUCUGCAACUUUUUUUUUUUGUGGAUAUCCAAUUUGUGUUAAUUUUAAAUGUAGUCCCUUGAAGCAAUACAUUCCUCGGUGCGUGCUAUAUUAACCAAGGAAGCUACCUGUACCAGAAAAUGCAUUGCGCACAAGAUUGAAGAGCCGAGUUGUGCCUAUAUUUUUGCAGGUAAUAAAAACAUGGAUGCUGCUUAGUCCGAACCAGCGUGAACCACCCAACUCUUUUCAUAUUGUCCAUAUUGUCAACAGUGACACUCCUUCCCAUAUGUGCCUUUUUGGAUGGCCCUGCAGCAUUUCUCCGACGAUAAACGGCUAGAAUAAAGAAGGUUGAAUAUCUGGAAAUGUAUCCUUAGCAUCCUCUGUACUUUGGGAUGCCUGUUCAACUGUCGGAAAUAUAACUAGCGAUAUAAACCUAAAGAGAAGGACGUUCUAUUGAUUGUUUUUUUCACAGCAGGUUUAGAGGAUAGCGCCCCAUGGUGGCUACACAGAAGUACACGCGGAAGUUUGUAGUUAUUAAUUCCUCACGCUUUGCCACUAGCAUCUAGGAAGUAGAACAUAUUUUGGAGCACGGGAAGUCGGCUAUCUCAAUAUGUUGUACUGAGGAACUUAUUAGUUCAAUCGACAUUUACCAUCAACGCUGAUUGGACAUCCCCAUAAACAGUUGCGAAUCUCUUUUUUUUUACUGUUGUAGUUGGUGCAUUGUUUCCCACACUAAUGUAAAAUGCUUUGUUUUCUCAGUUUGCUUUUUUACUAGUGAGGUGCAGCUUGUUCAUUCUUUGCUUUGCGCUGUAAUAAACGCUAAAUAAACAUUAAAGAAGCCUUGA